ACCGAUCGGAACCGACUAUUUUUUUUAGGCCGGUCGGACGGCUGCGCUCGGCGGCAAAGCUGGAAGGAGGCGGCGGAGAGCAGAUAUGCACGCAGCGGGACGGCUUUUACGUCACUCGCGUGAGAUGCGAUGAGGCGAUGAAGAAGAUGAUGAUGGCCCAGGGCGAGAAAGACCCGAAACACGCCAGCCGGGUCGUGCUGGUCAAGAGGAUCAUAAUGAAGCACGACAGUCCGGUCCAGCAGGGCAUCGGGAAGCCGAGCGUCUAUCACGCCGUGGUGGUCAUCUUCCUGGAGUUUUUCGCCUGGGGUCUCCUGACCACGCCGAUGCUCACCGUUUUGCACGAAACGUUCCCCAAACACACGUUCCUGAUAAACGGCCUGAUUCAGGGAGUGAAGGGUCUGCUGUCGUUCAUGAGCGCUCCGUUAAUCGGCGCCCUGUCGGACGUCUGGGGCAGACGCUCGUUUCUGUUGGUGACCGUGUUCUUCACGUGCGCGCCCAUCCCCCUCAUGAGACUCAGUCCAUGGUGGUACUUCGCCAUGAUCUCCGUGUCCGGAGCCUUCUCCGUCACUUUCUCGGUGAUCUUCGCGUACAUCGCAGACGUCACGGACGAGCGCGAGAGGAGCACGGCCUACGGACUCGUUUCUGCGACGUUCGCGGCGAGCCUGGUCACGAGCCCGGCCAUCGGAGCGUACCUGUCGGCCAGCUACGGUGAUAACCUGGUGGUGCUGGUGGCGACUCUCAUCGCUCUGGCCGACAUCUGCUUCAUCCUGCUGGCCGUCCCAGAGUCGCUGCCGGACAAGAUGAGGCUGAACACGUGGGGAGCGCCCAUCUCCUGGGAGCAGGCCGACCCAUUCGCUUCUCUGCGCAAGGUCGGGCAGGACACGACCGUUCUGCUCAUCUGUAUCACAGUGUUUCUGUCCUAUCUGCCCGAGGCGGGACAGUACUCCAGCUUUUUCCUCUACCUGCGUCAGGUCAUUAACUUCUCGCCCAAAACGAUCGCGGUGUUCAUCGGCGUGGUGGGAAUCCUCUCCAUCCUGGCGCAGACGCUGUUUCUGACUUUAUUAAUGAGGACCAUUGGGAACAAGAACACGGUUCUUCUGGGUCUGGGUUUCCAGAUCCUCCAGCUGGCCUGGUACGGUUUGGGGUCCGAGCCGUGGAUGAUGUGGGCGGCUGGUGCGGUGGCGGCCAUGUCCAGCAUAACGUUCCCUGCAGUGAGCGCUCUAGUGUCCCGCAGCGCAGAUCCAGAUAAACAGGGUCUGGUUCAGGGCAUGAUAACAGGGAUCCGGGGGCUCUGUAACGGUCUGGGCCCAGCGCUGUACGGCUUCGUUUUCUUCCUCUUUAAUGUGGAGUUGAGCGGGAUCACCUCCAUCCAGCCCGAUUACUCCAUCCCACUACAGACCUCACAAGAGACCACAAUCCCGGGUCCUCCGUUCCUCCUGGGUGCCUGUACGGUGGUGGUGGCGUUUCUGGUCGCCUUCUUCAUCCCGGACCACCCGACCCCCCCAGCGACGCCCUGCCCAACCCGCAAGAGCAGCGCGAGUCUGGCCGGCGCUCACACCAACACACCGCUUCCGGGGAGCGACGAGGACUUCGAGCCGCUGCUGGAGGACAGCAACGUCUGAGACCCAAAAUAAAAUCCCACGUCAAGGGCGUCAACACACACCGCAAACCCUCCUCCUGUCAGCGACCACCAUUCGAGAGCGUGCAGUGUUUAUUCUUUGCGUCGUUUACGACAAAACGGUUAUUGGUUUUGAACUCAGAGGCUUUUUUAUUAAGCGUUUUUACGGUGUUUAAACAUGAAAUCAACACACUAAGGGCUCAAUCAGCGAGAUCGGAUGCGUUCGGUUCGAUUGAGUUUUAUGUAUAUAGAUAUUUGGGGGCGAAGUGCAGUAAAGUUUAUUGUGUGCGGAGUUCGUGGUGGCUUGAAGCUUAUCGCCGCUGUCGUGAGAUCGAAGAAGCAGCGGGGGAAUUUCAUGAAAAUGCGGUUUAGCGAGCCGAAGAACAAAAUAAAGCCUGUUUUUGGACAUUCCUUUCAAGCACAUUUUCUCCCUCCUAAAAACGGGCUUUAUUUGCACGAAGCGAACCAUUUUAAACGGGUUUCGUACAAUUCUCCCAAACGCUGAUUUUUUUAUACCGCAUCGACGGAGCGACGGUUCUUUACGCAAGCCUUAAAGCCGCACCUCCUGCGGCGUAUCAAGGUUUUAAUAGAUUAGAGAUGCAUCCGGUUGCAUGAACAGUAUUUGUGGCGAUGUUAACCAAACCCGAAACACUAGAGCACCAGCGUUUGGUGUAGUUACUGAUGCUAACGUAGUUCUUCGAGGCCAGUUAGUUGUUUCGGACUCGAUUGUGAAAUUCUUGAAGUGUGUGUGCGCGCACGUGUGUGUGUGUGUGUGUGUGUGUAAAAGUUCUAUGCAGUAGCGAUCAAAAAUGGCAUUAAAUUUAGAAGUAAUCCGAAUCGCGAAUGCCAUUUCAUGUUGAGAAACAUGGGUGUUUAAAAUGACAGUAUUGCUUAAAAUAUUACAUUUGUACAAGUGAAAUUUUACCUUCAUUUUUACUUUGGAGAAAAGAAUUGGCAAAGCGCAUUUGUUAAGAUAUUUUACGCGACAAUAUUUCUAUAUUUCCUUAAGGACAAUUCGUAUUUAUUAAAAAUCAGCCAACAUCUACGUACCAGCUACCUCGUUUUUGGAGGUUUCGGCGAUUUUUGUGAAAUGAGGUUAGAUUCGACCUGACUAUAUUUUUUAUCAGCAUUUCUUGUUGUUGUUUUUAUAGCCACAACGUCACUAUUUUGUUCGCACAUUUUCUCAUACAGUGAGCGUUUUCCAAGCCAAUGAUUUUUGCAUGAACACCCGUAUGAACGAUUCUUUGUUUCCGAGGCCUCUGUCUUUUUUCGUGAACGCUGUGGAGCAUCUCGUUAGAGUCUGAGGUCAUCGUUAGACUGACCCGCGCUCAUUUCCUGUUCCACGCGCGCAUCAUUUCCUCCGCUCGCUGUAUUCCAUACGAAUACGGCGGUUAUUCCAUUCAGAAGAGUUCGCGAACAGAAUCUGAAUAUUUGCUUUCCGCCAUUUAUUCUCCACCCUUGACCCUUUUUCCGCGUGUUUGCAUUAUUUCAGCCGUGUUUAUAAUGCGGCGAUGUGAAACUUUUAACGCUUGAAACUGCGCUGGUGUGUAUUUAUGGCGCGACCGCGGUGGAACCCGAGUAACGGCUCGGCCGCAGCUCCCGCGCUUUUGGGUUUUGUAUUCGUGCACAGCUUCUAACGGCAGUUUUAACAUGUAAUAUAGCAACGAUCAUAUUCAUUAUUUUAGGAUUGUAAAGUAUUGUAUAUGUAUUUAAUAGUAUUACAGAAAAACGUUUACUUGUUGCCAGACCCGCAAUAUUUUUGGAACGGCUAACGCUGCUCCAAAUAAGGUCAAACUAUCGUUAGGAGAAUAACGUUCGCUUUUCCUUUCUAAACUUGUCAAGUAUUUGUGUGUCUUUCAAUGGGAUACACAAGGUGCCUCAAGUGUAAAACAUGUUCAUUUGUAGUAGAUCCGAGUCUGUAAAUACCGGGUACAUUGAGCAGCUGAACUGUACAGGGAUCCUUAUGUAGCUUAUUUAUUGUCAUGUAUUGUGGGAAUCUAUUAAAUAGGUGAAAAUGAAUAGA